UUGUAUUUUUGACAAGAAGCUUUAAAGCGAUAUCAAAGAAUUUAUAAAAACAAAAGAAAAUAAAAUAAUAAUACCUUAAUUUUGUGCUUUAGAAAGAAACGAUCUAUAAUCAUUAGAAUAAUGUCGUAUCAAUUAUACAGAAAUACUACAAUCGGCAAUACAUUACAAGAGAGUCUUGACGAACUAAUACAAUAUGGACAGAUAACCCCAGCACUAGCAGUGAAAGUAUUGCUACAAUUUGACAAAUCUAUCAACCAGGCAUUGUCUAAUAGAGUAAAAUCAAGACUAACGUUCAAAGCAGGAAAAUUAAAUACCUACAGAUUUUGUGAUAAUGUAUGGACUUUUAUGUUGAAUGAUGUAGAAUUUAGAGAAAUGCAAGAAGUUGCUAAGGUGGACAAAGUGAAAAUUGUAGCUUGUGAUGGAAAAAAUGUUGAAGAUAGAAGGUAACCUAGAGCAAUACUAAUUAGUGUAAUUCCAAAAAUAUGCAACAAUAAGUUUAGUGUUUCCUCUGUCUUUGUUGUGAUUAUUUUUGUGUCAUUAAAGUUCUUAUUUUAAUAAUUUUUUUCAUGUUUAUUUAUAUUGACUUUUUGUCUCUUGCUAUACUAAUUGAUGUACCACACGCUUACUUAUUGAUUUUACAUUUUUGUUGAUUUUCAAAUUAGAGUUUAUUAUUAAAUGUGCAUACUAUUAAAUGAGCUAAUUACUUAAUUAUAUUUGAUGCAGAUGAGGGA